AUGAUUACAGCUGUGUCUGGGCCUGAAGCGGCCAAGCCUCUCUCUGUGGGGUGUAUCGCUUGUCCCUGCAGCCUCUCUCUGUGGGGUGUAUCGCUUGUCCCUGCAGCCUCUCUCUGUGGGGUGUAUCGCUUGUCCCUGCAGCCUCUCUCUGUGGGGUACAUCGCUUGUCCCUGCAGCCUCUCUCUGUGGGGUGUAUCGCUUGUCCCUACAGCCUCUCUCUGUGGGGUACAUCGCUUGUCCCUGCAGCCUCUCUCUGUGGGGUAUAUCGCUUGUCCCUACAGCCUCUCUCUGUGGGGUGUAUCGCUUGUCCCUACAGCCUCUCUCUGUGGGGUACAUCGCUUGUCCCUGCAGCCUCUCUCUGUGGGGUAUAUCGCUUGUCCCUACAGCCUCUCUCUGUGGGGUGUAUCGCUUGUCCCUGCAGCCUCUCUCUGUGGGGUGUAUCGCUUGUCCCUGCAGCCUCUCUCUGUGGGGUUUUUUGCCUGUCCCUGCAGCCUCUCUUUGUGGGGUGUAUUGCUUGUCCCUGCAGCCUCUCUCUGUGGGGUGUAUUGCUUGUCCCUGCAGCCUCUCUCUGUGGGGUGUAUCGCUUGUCCCUGCAGCCUCUCUCUGUGGGGUGUAUCGCUUGUCCCUGCAGCCUCUCUCUGUGGGGUGUAUCGCUUGUCCCUGCAGCCUCUCUCUGUGGGGUGUAUCGCUUGUCCCUGCAGCCUCUCUCUGUGGGGUGUAUCGCUUGUCCCUGCAGCCUCUCUCUGUGGGGUACAUCGCUUGUCCCUGCAGCCUCUCUCUGUGGGGUGUAUUGCUUGUCCCUGCAGCCUCUCUCUGUGGGGUGUAUCGCUUGUCCCUACAGCCUCUCUCUGUGGGGUGUAUCGCUUGUCCCUGCAGCCUCUCUCUGUGGGGUGUAUCGCUUGUCCCUACAGCCUCUCUCUGUGGGGUGUAUCACUUGUCCCUGCAGCCUCUCUCUGUGGGGUGUAUCGCUUGUCCCUGCAGCCUCUCUCUGUGGGGUGUAUCGCUUGUCCCUGCAGCCUCUCUCUGUGGGGUGUAUCGCUUGCCCUGCAGCUUCUCUCUGUGGGGUGUAUUGCUUGUCCCCUCAGCCUCUCUCUGUGGGGUGUAUCGCUUGUCCCUACAGCCUCUCUCUGUGGGGUGUAUCGCUUGUCCCUACAGCCUCUCUCUGUGGGGUGUAUUGCUUGUCUCUGCAGCCUCUCUCUGUGGGGUGUAUCGCUUGUCCCUGCAGCUUCUCUCUGUGGUCACGGUGAAAAGAACCCCCAGUGGUUCCAUCCAAUGCACUGCCCCAGUUAA